AUGGCGACGAACCUCGUGUGCCGGGUUCAUCCUGUGGUGUUGUUUAGCAUUAUUGACUCAUACGAAAGGCGAAAUGAAGACGCAAAAAGGGUGAUCGGGACACUACUAGGAGUAUAUGACAAAGGUGCUGUGGAGGUUACCAAUUGCUUUGCUGUCCCUCACAAUGAGUCUGAAGAUGAGGUUGCAGCAGACUUGGAAUAUGCCAGAAACAUGUUUGAACUGCACAAGAAAGUCAAUGCAGCAGAAGUUAUUGUUGGCUGGUACUCUACUGGAUCUGAGGUGUCAGAACAUUCUGUGCUGAUCCAUGAGUACUAUGCUCGUGAGGCUAAAAAUCCUGUACAUCUCACUGUUGAUACAACACUUAAGGGCAGCAAAAUGGAUGUGAAAGCUUAUAUAAGUACCCCCAUUGGUGUGCCUAACAAAACCAUGGGCUGUAUGUUUACCUCUGUGCAAGUGGAGACCAUCACUUAUGAACCAGAGAGAGUAGGCGUGGAUUUGAUUCAGCAGGGGAAGUUGAACCCUAAACGCAGUGUUGCCAUGGUUACAGACCUCCAGCAAGUAGAAAAUGCUUGCACCUCCCUGCAAGACAAACUAGCCAUGGUGAUGUCAUAUGUAGAAGAUGUUUUGUCAAAUAAGAUCCCAGCAGACAACAGAAUCGGCAGACAUUUAUUGGAACUGACAACAAAUGUUCCACAGAUUGCUCCGGAGGAGUUUGAAUCUAUGUUGAAUUCAAAUAUGAAGGAUCUGUUGAUGGUGGUGUACCUCGCCAACCUGACAAGAACACAACUGGCACUGAACGAAAAACUCUCCUCCCUAUCAUUGUAAUAUUAUUUAUUGUGAUUCAUUAUCAUCGUAAACAUGUAAUAAAGGACACUCUCCAA